AUGCGAUGAGGAUAUGGGAUAAUACGCGGGAUAGGCCAGACACAGGCAGAAGAAGCUCAAACCAAGGCGGGGCUGAAGCAACGCGAGAGGGAGAGAGGACGACUAGGAGGAAAUCCAUCCAUGGAGUUAACCACCACUACCGCUACUGAACUCCUCCGUUUUCACAUUCCAUUGCUUCAUUCUCAUCUUUCCCUUUCCUCGCUUAAACCCCGAUUGCUUGCUUCUACUAAUAAACUCAAGGGUUCUCGAUUUCGCCUCUCGUCUCGGAAAUCCAUUCCCACUGUUCGCUCUCUCGCCGACGAGACUCAAUUUUCCGAUUCAGGGAGAAAUGUUGCUGUGGCAGAUCCCUCACUUGCAGUGAAGAAGAAGGCAAUGGAUAUAGCUCCCGACCUGAAAGGAACUUCCAUAUUUCUUGUGGGGAUGAACAACCCCCUGAAAAGCAGUUUGGGAAAGGUUCUAGCAGAUGUGUUAAGAUAUUACUAUUUUGAUUGUGAUAGUUUGGUUGAGGAAGCUGCUGGUGGUGAAUCUGAUGCCAAAGCUUAUCGAGAGACCGAUGAGAAGGGAUUUCGGGAGUCUGAGACUGAAGUAUUGAAGCAACUAUCAUCAAUGGGUCGGCUGGUGGUUUGUGCUGGAGAUGGUGCAGUUCAGAGUUCAACUAAUCUUGCACUUCUAAGACAUGGAAUCUCCAUAUGGAUUGAUGUACCCCUCGAAAUAGUAGCAAGAGGAUCUCAUUCAGAGGCAUUUGCUCAGCUAGCAGCUCGAUAUGAAAAAUUAAGAGAUGGAUAUUCAAUAGCCGAUGCAACUAUUUCCCUCCGAACAGAUAUUGCUUGUCAAUUGGGUCACGACGACUUGGAUGCUGUAACCACUGAAGAUAUGGCCAUGGAGGUCCUCGAGGCGAUAGAGAAGCUUACAAGAGUGAAGAAGAUGAUAGAAGCGGCUGCCAGACCCUUUUAGCUGGCAAAUCAAAGGCAGAGAGUCUUCCCUUCACCGGAUUUCUAUAGUUUGUGCUUGGGAUUUAUGAAGCCUACACUAGUUAACCCCAAAAGAAGUAGAAGAUGUUAUUGAACUUUUGAGAAAAUCCACAUGAAUCAACAUUCUAUGCAAGUUUGAAAUGCAUAAAUACAUACAUAAUUAUGUAUAUUUACAU